CGAGGUCAAAUCAUGACGUCAGUGAUCUUCAGGUCGGAACACUAGAAAGAGGCCCGAGUUGGAUGACCGUUCAGAUCGAUUUUUCACAGUCGAAGCUCAUUUUUUCCCGAGUUCCCAGUUGUUAUGAACGCACUGAAGGCUGAGAUUUCCAAGUUCCCAGUUCCUUCGAACGCGGCAUUAUAAACAUCUGAGUGCGUCACACAAUUGUAGUCGUUAUGGCAGCCCAUGCUAGUGAGCUUGAAAUUGCUAAGAAAAAUUUAACAGAAGCAAUUGGUGAUAAUGUCAAACAUUACUGGGCGAACUUGAAACUGUGGUUCAAACAGAAGAUAAGCAAGGAAGAGUUUGACAUCGAGGCUCGUCGCCUUUUGGCACAAGACAACGUUCAUGUCCACAAUGACUUUCUCCUGGCCAUUCUCACUCGCUGUCAGAUUAUCAUCUCCACACCAGAGGGUGCUGGAUCUUUGCAAUGGGCAGGUUGUGCAGCCUCCAAGCCUGGCAAGCCUGCGAAAGGAAAGAAGAAGUUCUCCUCCAGACAGAAAUUUGAUCAUCGUUUCCAGCCCCAGAACCCUCUGAGUGCGGCCCAACCCUUUAGCCCGCGGGAGGUGGGGGGUGAGGAGGAGGAACUGAAACUGAGUGUCAAUACCUUGCUGCUGCCCACCCGCGGCCAGCUGGAGGCCCGCAUGAUGGUCACGGCCUUCGAGCUGGGCCUGGACAACGUCAUGGAGGACGCUGUCAGCACCAUGAUCCACGCUGUGGAGAACCAUCUGAAGGAUGUGCUGACUGCCGUGGUGUCCAGGAGGAAGGCCUACCGGCUGCGUGACGGACACUUCCCCUACGCCUUCGGCAGUGACGUCACCCCACAGCCCUACUUGAAGAACAGCCUGGCUGCCUACCACAUCGUUACAGAAUGCCCACCUCCCAGUGCGUCUCUCCCAGCGGGCCCGCCCCCUCAGGUGUCACCAGACGAUACUGAGCAGCAGGCUGCUCUCCUAUUGGCCUGUUCCGGUGACGGUCUCCCUGCGCCCCUCCCUCCUAUCAGCAUGUUUGAUCUCCUGGAAGCGUUACAGGUCCACCGGGGUGUGAUGCCCUCUCACACCAUGUAUGCCCUGAACAUGGAGCGUAUCCUGUCCCGGCUGUGGCAUCCAAGUCACGAGGAGCUGGAGCAGGACCAUGUGCACCGCCAACGCCUCGCAGGGAAGGACGGCCUGCUUGUCAGCUGAUACACACAGACGGUCAGGUGGACACACAGACAGAUAGUGGUGGGGUAGGGCAGAGACAAAUAGAGAGAUGAACACAGUGUUGAGGCACCUAUGUGGCCCCUAUACACUGCCUUGAAGCAGAGCGAGGGAGAGGAUGAUCUCUAAGACUGGAUUAACAAUCCACUAGGGGGGCUCUGCAACCGAUUCACCAUGCACCACAACUUUACACUAGUGUCAAUAAUGUUUUAGAACGCUUGGUGGAGUGUAAACCCAGCCUUAGAUGCAUAUAGUAUAUCUGUGUGGAAGACUCACAGACCUGUGCUGUAAUGUAGAGAAAUAAAGGAAGUCCCAGUGUGGUGUGGUAUGGUCACAGACCGAGCUUAUUAAGGCACUAACAUGUCUACACACACAGAGCUAUAUCUCUCCCAUAACCUCUCUGCACUGUUAAUAAUGUUAACAAGUUUAAGGUGGAUGGGUGCAUUUCUGACCUUCGGGUGAGUUUCAGUUAUUUUUGUCAGUUAAUUUGUCAGAUAGUGUUACUUUCGUAUUUCCCACACAUCUGAACAAAUAUUGUGGCCCCUUUUUAUUUUGAUAUUGACAUGCCCUUGCAGAAUUAUGCCUGAAGUACACAUGGGUCCUUGUUUACUGAACUUUGUCACAGCAAUGCAUACAUCACAGUAUUUAUGCAAAUAUGUAUAUAUGAUUGUGUAUUUCUUUCCACCGACAAUCGUUUAUAAUAUCAAUGGAAGUCAAAAAUGGCAAAAUGAAAUAAAAAAUAUAUUACACAAAA